CGGGUGUCACCUCUAAUAAAUUCAUUUGUACUAAUUUUUAAUUAGCAAUUGAAUCAGCAAUUCUUCUCAGAAAUUCCAAUUAGCUUGUGAUUGUCUAUCUGAUCACUUUCAUCAACGGAUCUGAUCGACUGUACAUAUUUUUUAUGGCAUAUUACGGUUUCCUUUUUCGAAUUUCGAUUUUCGAUUUUUGGGUGUUUGAUUUUUCACAUGUCAUGUCAUUUUUGAAGUCAGAAGUGGUACCAGUGCUCAAGGAUUACGCAUGUUACGAUAAACGACGAAUCUCGGAAUAGAUGUUAUAAAUUUGGAGGAAUUAAACAAAUCAAGUGUUAUCCAGCUGCAUUAAUGUUUCGCAGUGAAUUAAGGUGUUGGCAAUUAAACUCUGCGUGAAUUUUCGUUUUGGUUUAAUACAACUGAAAUUCAGAAUCUAGUGAAAACAGGAAUAAAGUUCUAUCUCAGUGAUUUUCACCAGGUUGUGUUUGGCGAUGCAUUUAUAAUUAACUCAGUGAGGUAUCAAAAGUGAUUAAAAGUUCAUCUCUCCAUUAUGAAUAAAAACUUUGGACUAGGAGUGAAUACAUUAAAGAUCCACUAUAAUCAUCAUUGAACUCGACGGCAAUUACAUACGAUGCACUGAAACACUGUAAUAGCGAUCAUCACGAUCUAAUAGAAAUCGACGUUUAUCGAGCCAAAAUUCAAUGAAAUCACAUCGCCCUUCAUUCCCAGCUAGAAAAUCCAACUGGCAAUCGAUAGAUGUAAAAAAAAGUUGGCCUUUGAAAAGACGAACAAAGGGCUAGUGCCCAGUAAAGAGGAAAAAAAAACGUCAAGUCCCGACGACUGCGAACACUUGACCUGUCAGAAGAGUUGGACCGCCCGCGAAGAAAAUUGCCGAGUGCGAGAUUCUCAUUUUGUCCGAAAAAAAUCUGGGACUGGACAAGAGGAAGAAUCAACAGUCCAAUGAAAUGAGAAUCACCAUAUGAUUCUGAAGAAUCAUCUUUAGAACGGUGCAGAUCAGAAAAACCACUCACACUCACACCCAGAGAAUUAAAAAAAUCCCUUGAACCCGACAAAAAAAUGAACCGUGUCAUCUUUCUGGUAGUGAAAAGAUUUUUGGAUAAAGCGAGACCGCACGGGUCCAAUGUAAUAAGUAACACAUGCGUGUCACUCUACUUCCCAUCGCCAGCAGAUUGAUCUUUUUGAAAGGUCCAAAAAAAGGAAGAAACAUAAAAACGUGAGGAAAAACGUUAAGAUCAUUAGGAGUCAUUCAAACUCGAGUUUUAGUGCUGGGGGGAAGUUUACAGUUAGUGCCAUUACCGGCUGUUUGUGUUUGGAGUACGUUCAAGGCCGCAUGUACAGAGAAGACAAUUCCAGUUUAGCUGGGAUGCAGGAGAGCAGAAAAGCCCUUUGACAUGAGUUUGUACUAGCUGAGUAAUCGAACAACGUAUAACUGACCCCAAUGUAUCCAGAAUUAUUCGGUAUACUGGGGAUAGUUUGAGUUGUGGUGAUAUAUUCAUAGGAAAAAUAUAUUGGGACUUACCGUGGCGUGAGUUAAUAUUGUGAGUUUAAAAUAGUCGUUACCAUUAUCGAUGAUAAAUUAUUGGAGUGAAUAAAAAAGUGGAAACCAAGUGUGUGAGAAGAAUAUAAAGUAUGCUACGAUGUCGUUCAUGUUAAUACGUGCGGUUAUUGUUUGCUUGCUGAGCUGGAGAUGUUGGGUUGCAGGUGAUGACCUCUCAGAUCCCAUCAACAAAGGACCCAUAAAACUUGUAUGGGCUGAGGAGAAUGAAGAUGUCGAAUUACCAUGUGACGUCACUCCACCAGUAAUUAAUGAUACAGUGGCUAUGGUGCUGUGGUUCAAGGAUGAAAUGGGCCAGGGAAUUCCUUUUUAUUCUUACGACGCCAGAAAAAAUGAAGGGCCCGUGCAUUUUCCCAUAUCGAACGAUUUGGGUAACCGUGCAAUAUUCGAUAUCAGUCACUAUCAUCACGCCAGCUUGAAAAUUCGCAAGGUAACACAGCAAGACCAAGGCAUGUACAGGUGUCGUAUUGAUUUUUUCAAUUCACCAACCCGCAGUUUCCAAGUGAAUCUCACACUCAUCGAGCAUCCCUCCCGGCCGGUUAUUUACGAUGCCCAGGGCAGAGAGGUGCAGGGAGUUUCACGUUUUUUCGAGGGAUACGAUUUGAGACUCACCUGUCAGGUCUCGGGAGGGAAACCAAAACCAUUGGUGACGUGGUGGAAAGAUGGAGAACUCCUUGACAAGGAUGUCGAUGUUCCUGAAAUGUCCGGAGCGAUUGCGGUGUCUACCAAGUUCACUGUCAAUCAUUUGUUUAUUGGCAAAGUGACGAGAGCUUUGUGGAGUUCAAAGUUGGAGUGCAGAGCUCAGUCCGGACCGAUGUCCACUCCAGUGGUUAGAGAAGUUCCUUUGGAUAUUUAUCUGAAGCCUGUUGCAGUGAAAAUACGUCUAAAUGAUGACUUCAUCCUCGCUGGACAUCCAAUAGCAGCGGUAUGUGAAACAUGGGGCAGUUGGCCAGCCGCUACCCUUGGAUGGAGUCUCGGAGGACUAAAAUUCCGUGACCCAAGUGUAGCAACAACCCAACGAAGCAAUUCCACGUUGAGUAAACUUGCUCUAGUACUUGAUCGCGACGACGAUGGCAAAGAGUUGAGCUGUACAGCGGUCAAUCACAAUUUUCCCGGUGGUGAACUCAAAGAGAUUCGUCAACUCCGAGUUGCCUAUGCGCCAGUUGUUCAAGCUCACCUCGCCGUGGGCUAUAUUUUGGCGUCACUACGUGAAGGUGAUGACCUGAAAUUGAUCUGCAACGUCCAGAGCAAUCCCCCGCCCAGUGAAAUCCUCUGGUUUCAUAACAAGUGCCACAGCCACCAGUAGACUGUGCACUGUACAACGAGAGUAGCGCACUCGAGGUAAAUUGCAUCCCCGGUUCGGACGGCGGUUUGCCUCAGCACUUCCUGCUAGAAGUACGUGGCUCUGUAGUAGGCUCAGAGCUCUUCCAAACCUCCCACACUCUCCAGACACCACAAAGUGACCAGGGGGAGGCGGGUGAAGUUCCACCAAUUUAUAGAACGGAAAAUCCACGUCCAACAUUUCAACUUCAUGAUUUAGAGCCAGGCUUUGAAUAUACAUUGGCAGUUUAUGCUAUUAAUCAGAGAGGCAAGAGUGAGCCUAGGCUAAUAAGAAAUGUUCGUAUUAUGGAAUCCAUUGGACGGAAUCUUGAGCAAGCCGGUGGUGCAGGUUUCGUCAUCAAUGGACUCAAAAGUUUCAUUCCCACGGGCGAAACGCAGAAUAUGAUGAUUAUUGUUAUUGGAGUUGUUGUUGGAGCGGUUUCAUUCAUCGGCAUUGGAAUAUUUAUCGGCGUUGUUGUAUGCAGAAAACGUUCACGUGCCCCAGAGCGCUCAACUCCCGAUGAUUUCACAAUACCCACGUACGUAUCAGCUCAACGUAUUGAGCCAAGAGUGAGAUACAGUAGUGACAGAAGAAGAUCCCAAAGAACAAGUCUUUACAUGGAGGAAAAUAGAAACGAACCUGAUCUACUGUCGCAAGUGGAGAUUGACACUGAGAGAUAACGCAAGCAGGUAGUGAAGAAUUAAUUUGGUUUACCACUUCUAAGGAGAUGUGAAAGUUACUACCUCUCGAGGAAAAUUCCGUCCGAGACUCUUCUGUGGGUCUCUAUAUUUAUAAUUUUUUUUAAUGUAAUGGAAGGCAAUGCGGUUGGUGUUUUGUCGUAUAAAAAAUCAUUUGAAGAUCCUGUUUGGAAAAAAUUCACGUCGCAAUGUUGCUUAUGGAUUAGUUGUAUUAUUUCAAUGUCUUCCCGUUAUUUGUUAUGAUUCUUCUAUCGUUCAACACUGUUGGAUUUCACCGGAAGAAUAAUUCAUGUAGAGCACUCGAUUUGAAAAAGAAAAAAAAAACCCACCGCAGUUUCCUCUUCGGGCAUUGUAUACUUAGUCAUAAAGAAUCCAUAUUUCAUUUCACGAAAAAAUAUGGAGUAAUUCCGAACUGUGAAAGCACAAUGAAUAGGAGUUUUAAAAGUUUAUAAAUAAACGCUGUUGAGUAUUCUUGUGGGAGCAUCUGAUGCUUUCCUCAUUGUUCUAUCAACUCCACAGGAUGAAAAACCCUUUGCAAUGAUAAAUGAAAAAGAAUUUUGGUGCCGUGUAUCAAGUAUUUCUAGUAUAUAGCAAUUAGUGUAUCUAUCGUUCUAUGAACAUAAAUUCUAACUUAGUUCAUUUUCUGUAGUUAUCAGUUGGUAUUACGUGCCACAAGUGCCAUGAAAGAGAUUAAUGUACAAUUAUUUUUACAUCCCAUUAGUUUUAAGAGGCUGGCAUUUUCCUAUGAUUAAUCGAUGUAUCAUAACAGACUCUACCAUUAAUUAAUUAACCUUAGACUAAAGUUCGUCAGCAAAUGUAUUAUUAGAUAAUAUAAAUUCAGAGUAACGUAAAUAUAUAUGAAGUGAUUUUUUCAAAAAUUCAUUUCAUUCGAAUAGUGUUUUACAUGGUGUUAAAAAUUCAGACCCUCCAGCACUGCAAUUUCGUCUAGUGAAUGUUUAAUUACCUGAAUCGUGAAAGCUGAUCAAUUAAUCCUCAUUAUAUAUUCGACAAACUUUUACCUCGUUUUGGAUGAAUCUACUAGAUUUCCUUCAAAUAUCUCAUCGUCAUCCACUUCGACUCGUUUAUUAAUGAAAUAAAAUGAACUUAAUUGAAUGAAGUAAAAAAUUCAUAACCAUCGAUUUGAUUUAUUUCAGUUAUUUAAUUUAACUGGGGGGGAAUUUAUGAAAUUUGUAUGCAACUUGGAAACUUUGGAAUGCAGUAAACUAUUAUUCAUUACAGAGAGAAGUGUGAGAAAUGAGAGGGUUGUAAAGUUAAUUAAUUCCAUUUCGGUUGGAAUUGUGAACGAAAAAGAGGAAAUAUAUAUGAUUGGAGGAGGCGUACGAUGGCAUUUUCCCAAGAAUCGAAAGACAAAGUUUUCGAAUUGAUGAGCUUGCCUAGCGAGGCAGAUAGACAUUCAAGAUAUUGGAAGAUAUUUGAAAGCUAUUGUUAACGGGCAAAGUCGGUGCCAUUAUGGAAGGUCACACUGAAAAGUACUGGAAUACUUUUAAAACUCAGUGGGAAAUCAUUACAAUACUUAUAAAACUAUUCUCGGAUACUUUACUACAAUUGUCGUAUCCGAUAUAGCAAUUGACGAUAAUUUAUUGCGGUGUAAUGUUAACUUUACGCUCAUCAUAAUUCUCAAAUUGACAUUA